UGGGCAGCCAUAUUGAAAUUUUGAUGAAUCUGCUAAGGUUAAGUUGGCGGCAAAGAUCGGUGAAGUUGCAUGCCGAUUGACAGUUUUUCGUGGGUGACUUAAGCAGUUUAUGCGAGAUGCCAAAAUAUUUACGGCUUGUUGUUGUGGGAGGAAGUUGUGUGGGAAAAACGGCAGUAAUCGAGCAGGCAGUCUUUGGAAAUCAUUCACCAGGACAGGUCUGUCUACAGUACUUUCAUCUUACCUUAACUUGUUUUUCGCAGAGAGGUUAGGUAUUUAUGAGACAUCCCAAUAGUCAGUACCCGGUAGUGGUUUCAUUUCAUAUAAGAUACAGAUAUAUAAACAAGUGACGUUUGUUUACAUCCCGGAGUAGUCAGUCGAUAAAAAUCGGUAUCGAUAAAAAAUCGAUAGCAAUCGAGUGAUUUUUAUCGAUUGAUAACGGAAAUCGAAAAUCGGUAAAGUAAAUUGCUGUGUCAAAUCGAUAUUAUCGAUUUUUCAUGAUUUUAACGAUUUUCAAUGGAAGUCCGACAUUGUUGUUUUUCAGCAUAUUAAGUUAGAUAGUACAGCUGAGAAUUAAAACACAUCCAUGAGAAACAACUGAUCAACAAACAUGAAAAUAAGAAAUGUAGAAACUAUAACACACAUAAGAUAUACCUGCCAACUUUUUCUGACAUAUAAGCAGGAGAUUUUUAUCCUGGGAGUGCUGGGAUUUUUGAAGAUGACACGAUCAUUUCUGAAGAUUCCCGAAGAAGUCCGAAGUCCUCCAAAGACGCCCAAAGUCUUCCAAAGACAUCGGAAGUCUGCCGAAGGCGAAGUUAUCAAAGUUAUCCUACUCCCAGUCUUAGGAUGCAUAUAAACGCGAGCUCGCUCCCAGUGCUUUUCACUUCGAAGUCAGAGAUCGCGAGGAAGGUAUUGUCAUUUAUUCAUUUUACACAUGGUUUUCUUUCCUUAAAUGGGUCUGAGUUAACAUAUUUUUGGAAAUUGUGUCAAGCAAGACGGCAACAACUCACAUUUUUCAAUCAGGCGUGAGAAAUUGGCCCGCAAGCGUGAGCCGGCGUGAGAUCGCAGUUUUCAACCCGCAGGCGUGAGAGUUGGCAGGUAUAAUAAGAUUCUCUCUAAAAACCCUUUUGUACAUAAUAACAAAAACGCAAGUAUCACGAGAAAUACAACCUCAGAUAAAAGAUUUCCUUUCCUGAAUUUUCAGGCAUCCCCUAGAGUCGUAGUCUGAAUUUUAUCCAAUAACUUUGAGUUGUUAUUACUCCCUCAGUAACGUCUGAAUCAACCGGCCGUUAAAUGCUGUCCAGUGACAUCACCACUCCUUUCCUUUAAUUCAUGCAAAAAGUAAAACACGAUUUUCAAGUGGCAAACCAAGAAAUAUCGUUUGGAAAUGUCUACAUGAUACAGAACAGCUGACACAAUUGCUUUACUCUUUUUGAUCAUAAUUCAUGUUUAACAUUCAAACUAUCAACUGCAUGCAGUACUCUGAACCAGUUGUAAUUCAAACUCGGUCACAAUCACACAAUGAAAUAUAUACACCCACGGAACACUUAGUUCAAAAACACAACAUUUCCCUGUAAUUGAAAAGAAGCUAUUUGGUUCUUAACAAAGAAAACAAGGAAACAAGAGCAAAAAGCUAACAGAAUCAUUACACUUGAUGGUGGAAAUAGCAAAAAGAUCAAAUGACAACAUGAUAUUGGUCUCAGAAAAUUUGCAUCAACAAAAUUACUACAGAAACCACAAAGCGGCUCUAAAUGAAAAACCCACCGACUCUCCACAAUGAUUCUUCAUUCGCAGUUCAAUUUAGCAAUUCAGUUUCAAAGACAAGGGCAAUUUUGCUGUUUACAAUAAAGAUUAUCGAAAUGUUUGAAGUCCACGUAAGCAUCCUGCCGAUGUGAUCCUCUGAAUAUCAAGAGACAAUCCUGUUAACAUUUCUCAUAAUUAUACAUAAUUAUGCAAAUAUUUAGACAAUCAACCAAUCAAAAUCACUACCCAGUUUCCGGUUAGUAGCGACAUCACUGGAUGGCAUUAGCAGCUGGUUGAUUCAGACGUUGCUGAGAGGAGAAAAUGACUCGAAGCAAUCGGAUGAAAUUCAGGCUACUAGAGUUGAAGGGAUGCCUGAAUUUCAGGCUAAAAGAUUUCCUUAGAUUAUUUUUCACUGUUUUCCGUUAUCAAUCAAUAAAAAUCACUUGAUCACUAACGAUUUUUAUCAAUUUCGAUCGUUAUCUACAUGUAUAGGCUACUCCGGGAAGUAACUACACACAGAACUGACGUUAUUUUGAAAAGGUGGCAGAUCUAAAUACAAUUGUGAAAAACUGGGCGCCUACAAACCUCGCCGAUAUCAGCCAUCAGAAAAGACUUUAAACCAGGUUUUAAAGAAAAGAUAAGAUUUUUUUAAACUUUUUUUUAAAAAAGUGAUAAGUGAAUUCUUGGGGGCUGCACUCAAUUUUAGAAAGAGGCAGAAAAUUUGUCGUACCUUGUAUAUGUCCUCCAAAAAACAUGAAAUUAGGCAUUUUCACAUCGCAGUCGUACAGUGAUGGCAAAGAAAUGUACCAAGUAGUGUGCUACACUUGCGAAGUUUUUUUUUGCUUAAUAAACCUUAUUACUUAUUUAAACAUUCUGUUGUCAUGGCUGUUGUCAUUGCUAAAGGUGCUGAAUGUUAUUGUUUUUAUUUUCAGCCAACAUUUCAUACUAUUGAGGACAUUUAUGAAGUUCAGUUGGAUACUGACAGAGGGGUUAAGGAGAAGAUAAGAAUAUUUGAUACUGCUGGUCUGGUCAGUGAGUUGUUUAAUAAUAACCUUUCAACCCGCUGCUAAAUGUCAAAAUCUCAAGAAAAAUUUUGAUUUGAACGAAUAAUUAACAACUCUUUUAAAAGUUAGGCCUUGCAGUUAGAUCUCACAAUAGACUGUUUAGCUUGAAUUUUUUCCCAAUGGCAAUUCAGACCACAUGGUGUUCUCCAGGCAACAUAACUUUUGUCUAAUUUCAUAAGUUAUGCAUGGAAUUACAUAUGCACUUGCAUACACAUGCAUAAGAUGACACUUGAAAGAAGCAGUUUUCUGGGGUAACAAAACAUACAAGAUACAAAAGGUCUACUGGAUGCCACAUGGAUAAGACCUGUUUUGUUUUCUUGUUGUAAGAAGGUGUUUUUAUUUUUUGGGCAAAAACCUUGCUAACAGUGGCUCAGGUAAACGUUUUUGAAAAGUUCGCAAGAGCCAUACAUAUGGAAGUGAUGGCAGAAAUAUGAAUUAAGCUAAAAAUAGUAUGCAUCAGCAGAAUUUGUAUACCUUUUUUACUCGGACCUAUUUAAGCUAAGAAAAUGGUAAAAGGAAAUUAAAUGAUAACAAAAAUACCUUGCACCUUAUCAUCUUAUUAUAAAUCUAGGAGUUUCCCUCCUAUAUGAUGAGAGGAAAAAAUAAAAUAUUUUUGUUAGAUCAAUAAAUACCAGCCCUGAAUUUUUUGUGGCAGCAUUGAAGCCAAUGAACACAAUAAAUUAUCGUCUUUUAUUAACAUGCAUAUGCUUAGCCUUGGGCUGUAUUUCCUUCCUUUUCCCCGUUAGGUCUUACUAUGCUGGACUGAGGAUAGCUCCCACCAUGUAACCCUCUGGGGACUUCUGUGCAAAGCUUUCCCCUCUUCCACAAGUUUUUCCAAGGCUGAGUGGGAAGUGUGGAUUUUAAAGUGAUGUGCUUAGAAUUGAGUGUAUAAAGAUGAGAACAGAGCUCAAGUGGGAGAUGAUGAAUCAAACACAGAGCAUGAGCAGGAAUUGGGGUUGGGGAGUGAUAAAAUACUAAAUUCCCCAGAUGAGUGAUUGUGAGGGACUGGGCGUGAGACUGGUGGAUGGCAUUAUCGUAAUUAUUUAUCAUACAUGUAUGACUGGUUUUUGAAUAUAUGAAAUAUUGUUUGUACUUUUUUUUUUGUAGGAUGUAAAUAAUGGGGAACUUUCUAAACAGUAUCUUAAUUUGGCAGAUGUAAGUAAUUUUAUUGUUUGACCAUCAUCAGGAAUGUUUUUCACAUACUGCUGAAACUCCACUAAUGGACACCACUUGCUUGCAGACACCUCCUACAAAUAGACACCAAACUGUGGUGCCCACAAUUUCACUGCAGCGCUAGCAUAACCCACAUUAAUUUUUAACUUCACUUUAGUGAACACGUUUUGUAAGUGGACUCAGACACCCUUUUGAGGGUGUAGAAACUAAAAUAACCAGUGGAUAUACUGAAAGCAAAUCAAGACAAAGUAAAUCAGACCUAAUUACCUUAUCUCAAGGGUGUCCAAGGACAAGAGACUGGAAUGUAAUUUCCUAAAACGUUUUAUCAAUGACUCUUUCUUGCACAGGGAUUUCUGCUUGUGUUCAGUGUGACAUCCAAGAAAUCCUUUCUGCAAAUUCAAGCCAUCAAGAAAGAAAUUGACAAGAGCAGAGGAAAGGAUGUGAGUAUGUUCAAGCUUACAUAGCACGACUGUACAAUAAUUAGUCUUACUUUUUAAAAAAAAAUAGCAUUAAGCAAUGUCAAAGAAUGAGGAAAUUGCUGUUCUCCAAGAAAACACCCCUAAGAUGAGAAAGUGAUCCUUUGAACCCAAUGUGCACAUUCAUGCACAUAAAGUCUCCUGAUUUUAGUGCCCAGAUCACCUGAAAGAAAUUUACAUAAGUAAUAUGUUUCAAAUUGGUGGUAAAUUGAAGUCCUCCCACGAAUCUUUGUUUUUUUGUGUGCUUGUUUGUCCUUUGAUUUUUUGUACUAUUAUUUGUGGAUGUAAGGAUUUUAGGCUUGUAGACAAAUUGAAGAAACAUGGCAUUUGCAUCAAUAUUCCCAGUGAAAGUCACGGUGAUAGUUAUUCAGGCUUUUCCUUGCCGUAAUGAACACCUUGAAAUCCUGCACCCUUAGUAGAAGAAAAAACAUCACACUUUAUUAGGCAAGUGCUGAUUUACUUGGAGCACUGUUAGGAAUUGGCAUGCCCUGACAAGGGAACAAACAGUUGCUGAAUAGAGACUUUUAGGUUCGGGAACGAGAACAACUACGAGUACGAUAUUUGGCUGAAAGUUUUUUUGCGUAUUGUUAAAAUAUACACCCCUGCCCCCGGAAAGCUUCAAUUGUUGUACUUUUUUUCACCAAAAAAUAAAUAGUUACGGUAGCAAUGUUAGCUUUAUGAAAGGGGGACGAGGUGAAGCCCUCUCCCGAUCGCAAAAUGGUAAAACUUCUAACAUCUGAUAACUUGUUUCUGCAACUAUGACAUUCUCGCUAAACCUCGAGGUAGGAUGAUAACGGUUAUCACGUUUUCCCACCCAAAUGACGUUGGCCCUCAUGUGAGUACUAUUUGGUGUAGAAAAUAUCUCGUACUUGUAGUCAUCCUCGCCUUAGAGUCUAAAGGUUUCUAAUAAACAUUACCUACUAGGUUGUGAAUACCUUUUAUCAGUCCAUUACCAUCAGUCUUUGGUUGUUUUUUCGUCUGCAUCCAUGCUGUUUGUUUUUUUGUUUUUAUUUUCUACCUUUUCCUUUUUCAACAUAAUUCAGGGGCACCCAACGAGAAUAUAGCCGGUUCAAAACCAUUUAAACAUAGCAUUGUUAAACGUAUUUUAGUAUUUAAACAGUAGAUAAUUAUAGGCAGAUUUUUAUCCCCUAAAAAUUCUUCAUCUGUUCGGAUUUCCUAGCAGAAAGUUUAGUGAUCAGAAAAUUAUAGGGAUCAAAACUUACCUUUUCGAAAAUUUCAGCCAUAAAAAAGGCUGCCCAGCCGAUAAUUCUAGGUGACCUUUUCAGGGUAAAAAUACGUUACAAAUGGCCAAUUAUACCGUUUUUUAGAUGUUCGAAAAUCCUAGGAGAGGGAGGCAAGCAGGAAAUUUUACAACAAAUGUUCCGAAAAUUCUAGAUCAAAAAUCGUCUUCUGAACAGAUAUUUUCCGAAAAUUGACGUUGGGUGCCCCUGAUAAUUACCUUGAGUAAACUGCUAUGGGCUCUUUUACUCUUCUUGCAGCAACUUUACCUGUAUUUUUGUAUGGGUAUCCUGUCCUGAUAAAUUGCCCCUGAAUAAACUACUGCCUCGUCCGCAUCUUACAAUUUGUACAGGAGAAUUGUGCUCGCCAUAGGAGGAUACGUGUACCAUGGCAACAAAAGAUAUAAAUAGAGAAUCAGUGAUUAAUUAAAGUAAUUAACUAGUUCUUUACUUUAAUUAAGUAAGUAAGAUAAGGAGGUAGAACAAUCAAGUACUGGCAACCUAGUAGCUUUUAUUGUGGCCACAAUUAAGGAAAGAAACGGUUUGAAGUAAACAUAAAUCCUACCUGGCCAGAGGCAAACCAUUAUUGGCUACUUACAUGUACAAGUAUGAUCAAGGGGUUAAAAACACAGGAAUGACUCUAGCAGUCUAGCGGUCAUUGUGGGACUUGAAAUGUGUGGCCGACUGAUUUCAAGUCCAUCAUUUUAACCACUGUCUUGUUCAGUUAAAUUCGUCCAACAUGAAGACAUGAAGGGGAUGGUGCUCUUCUGUUGUUAAUAUUUUAAUUAUAAUUUUGGUAAAAUGAAUUUGAUCAAAUUCUUUGAUUGCAGUUUCCAAUGGUUGUUAUAGCAACAAAAACUGAUAUUAAGAAAGAGAGGGAGUGUGAACCAAUCGAAAUCAAAAAGUGGGCCGAGACAGAGAAAGGUAAUGUACAAUUUUUAGCUUCAGCUUGCGAACAGUUUUGAAGUUUUGACUCAUAGCACGUGACACGCUCUCUUUCAAUCGGAAAACGUGCUCGAGUUGGGAGGUAUAUUACAAAGGCCCUUGACACACACCAGUCAGCAAUUAGAGAACGACUGAUACUCAGGCUAGAGAGCCUGCCUCAGGUUGGGUAGGCUGUGCAGCGUACAAAGAAAGUCGUGUGUGUUAGCCCGGGGCUAGUGGAUUUUGCAAUCGGGCUAGUGAAUUCUGUUCUUAACUUACCCGAAGGGCAAGUGAGUUUUUUGGGAAAUUCAAAUUACAGAAGAACUGUAAUCAAUGCUGCUUAUCAAAAAAUUUUUCGGGCUAGUUAAAAAGGCUCUUGGGCUAGUACAUACGAGCAUCAACUUGCCCGCAUGGCAAGCCGUAAAAAUGAGUUUCUUUGCACCGUGCUGUCAGGCUCUCAGAUAGUAAUAAUACAAGCCAAGCGAAUUUUUUACUGCACGACUGCCCUACUAUUUUGGGGCCUGGAACAGGCCACACCUUUAUUAGCUGGGCUAUUUAGUGUUACCCUCAUAUUUAGUGUUACCACGGCUUAACCUGAAACCUCCAUAUGCCUCCAGAAUGUCUCACGAAACUUAAAAUAUGAGAGUCCCACAUGUUCACUAUUGCUGGUGUCUUUUUGUUUCUUUUCCAGUUCGGCUUACAGAAUUGUGUGUUGGUGACAGGAAAGCACUUCAGGAACCUUUUGUUUGGAUAACUUCAAGAAUGGUUUCAUGUGCUGGUGAGGAUACUAUAUUCUUUUUAUUUGAGGAAACUAACGAAACCACGGCAGCAACGGAAGCAAAAAACGUCACAAUAUGGUGAAUUUACGUUCUUUCAAACCAAUCUAAGUUCAAAAAGACAAAAAAAAAUUGUCCUUUCAUACUUUUUAGCGAUUAUGCCAACUCGUUCACUUAACUAAGGAUACAGGUAGAUACUUAUCAUUACAGGUACAAAAACCUAUCCGAUAUGUAACGAUCGACGCUGUGCAGCAUCGCUCCGUUGCAGAAAUCGCUCCGAAAUCACCAUUCUUAUUUGGAAACAAAAGCCUUAUCCGAUGUGAUUUUCGUGCCUGCGCAAAAACUAUCCCGUACAGUGUGAACAGAGCCUAAAAGUUGGGAAGUUAAGGUUUGAUUCAGUUGCAGCAUACUCUUAUAGCAGUCACGGUUCACUGGAAUUUUUAAUUUUUUUGAGCGUGAGAGCAGUAAAAACUGUUUGGCAGGCUAGUGCGGCGGCUUUCUGGUAUGGUUCAAAUGAUUACACCCUAAGUUAGAUUAAGAGAGAUGACCGUGUCUGAGCUCAGAUAGAUAUUGUCAGUGUCUACCGUGAAACGUAGUGCGGGUUUUUUUCGGUGAACCAGUCAAAGUUUACCUCCUAAUAUGGAAUUGCUGUUACGUGAGACGGUCGCGUGAGUGCUUGGGAAAACCUUGUACCGCGAUGGAAUCGAAGCUCUGUAAAGAACAAUUACAGUUUUACGAUGUAAAAUACGACCAGAAUGGGAAUGUUAUUCCCACAGUGGCCAGGAUUGAUUUCCUCUGGACAAAACGAAGUCGACUAAUCAUGAUAAGAAUCUUACAGGCCUGCCUUAGCUUAUUGACGAAUGUUGCGCGCGGCGCUCAAAAGAGUUUGCCUGUUGCACAAACCAUAGUUAUACCUCAUGGUGCACCAAGACUCACUUUGAGAACGAGGCUAAAGGAAAUACAGAAAUGGCCUUUGAGAGCCUGUUUACAUGGAGGUGGAGGACCCUAGGUAGCUGAGAUAACCCACGUAGGUGGGGUAAUCCGCCUAUCCAUAUAAUUUCUCAUUUUAAUUUGAUCACGUUUACCCCCUAGCCGGGGUCGGAUUCGUGUUACGUCAAAUUCGCGCCAAAUUUUGCAAAGCCUUUGGCGGAGGCUUUGCAAAGUGACAAUAGAAAACCACAGCACCGAAAGUUUGUCUUACGUGCAGGAAGCGAGAGGAGAAGAACAUUAACCGUUUGCUCGCCAUGUUUUGUUUGUUCACCUUCUUAGCGACUAGUUAUUAAUCUUGAGAAUGUGCACCCCGAAAGGCGGGGUUGUAAGAUUACAUGUCAACGCGGGAUAUUUUUUUCUCCCCGCUUAAGCAGGUUACCUCACCUACCUGGGGCCUCCCACCUUCAUGUAAUCAGGCCUUUAGUACUUUUGUUCUAAAUACAUGGACACUUCAUUAAAAUAGUUUUGAACUGACUGAAAACAAACAUAUAACGCCUCAUUUUAGGUAAAGGAUACCUUCAGUCUGGCCAUUCUGAAAUGAAGCGGUUUCUUUCCAUGCGGAAGUCCAGCAAAACCGUGUUUGUAUCCAGAGACUUUGGCCUUGAUGUCACCAAGGAGUAGAAGCCUCACACAUUCGAAGAUCAUCAAAGGUAAGAAAGAGUUCGUAAAGAAUUACUUCGAGAUGAGCCGUGAUUUUUAUUUUGAAUGUCAAGUUGUUAAAUCCGCUUUUAGAAAAUAUACGGGCGCCCGUUCAUCCUGAACUAAACCAAAUGCUCGAAUGGCUUUUUAGAUAUGUAGUUUGCCGGUUCCACAAGUUACGAGAUGCAUUGAUGUAAUUUCUCUUGAUCUUUGGUGUUGUCUAUACUAAUCUCGAGUUGUCCCGCAAUGCAUGAGCUGUUUCUUACUGACCUGGCGAGUUAGAACCGCCUUUGCUUUAUUUCUGAAACUUCUACUACAUGGAAGAAAAACCGGCUUUCGUCUGAUGAAGUUAAGAGAUUCAUCAGUGGAUGUUCUCGAGUCUCUGUUUUAUCGACUAAGUUGAUAAGACUAAAGCAAGUUAAUCGUACCUCCCUCAUCCUUCGAAGUGACACCACAGUUCCUUUUGAAAACAACCACUUCGUUUAUUUCUUCUCACUGAGCCGAGAUCGAGCAGUCAUUCUGAUUCUGCGUUCUUUGUGGUCAGCGCGAUCGAGUGCUCUGGCUAUUUUUGAAGUCGUUGGAAAUCCAGCCCUUUUUCGUUAACAUUUCUGAGUCUGCGCAGGAAGCCAGAGCCCUCGGUGGCCUUGGUGGCCAAAAGGAUCGUAACCUUUUUGUCCGUUAUUGUAUCCAGAGUGUUCGUUCUCUGUUUUUUGGCCGGGAAACAUCAGUCCUGGUGAAAAGAAGGGGCGGGGGGGCUACCACAGCUUUCAAUUGAAGAUAAAGUUAUUAGAGUUUGCAGACGUAAAUACUUGAAGUUUGUUUCAGUUGUCGCGUUCUCAAUUGAUUUUUGCAGGGAACUAUCCGAUUUUGCAGCCGCUUGACAACCACAGCGACCGACAAUGCAGUUCUGGAAGUUUUCCAACAAAAGGCACGGCAUGAAAAUUGUUUCUUUCUGGACAGAAUACGUUUUAAUCGUUCACUGACGAAAAUUAAAGAGAGAAGCCUUUCCGUGUUUAAUUGUGGUCGGAUUAUAACCAACUCUUCUGCAUUGCGAUCGUAAAAAAUAAUCCAUGUAAUGUAUGACAGUGCGUAAGCUCUUGAUAUGAACAUAAGGCAGACUAUCUAUAUAAUACAUCCGCUGUUUAUGAAGACUUUAUACCAUCGACAGCGUGCCGAUCACUUCAAAGCGCUUAUCAAACGAGGCAUGAACUCGGGGGGAUAUGACAAAGUGAGUAAGUGAUGCCUGCGAGCAAGCUCUCCAUAAGGGGAAUAUCGUGAAAGUCAUGCGCGAGCGGUACACGAAAGUAGGCGCGAGAGCGAGGGGUGAGGGAACUUUGCAGCUCACUCGCGCGGCCACUCGCGUAUUCUCUCGUGGAUCGCCUCGCUUGCCACUGGAAAUUUAAAGCUUCUUCGCAAGCUACAAUGAGUUCUGCCGAGUACUGCAAAUAUAAUCAAGUUGUGUAUAUUGAAAUGAGAGAAUUGACUCUUUUAAUUCACAGACAUAGUCCGCGAAAUAAUGACAUUUGUAAGUUAGAGACUGUUAAGUUUGACGAUUUUAACGUUCUCGUAUUUUUUUGGAAUAAACAGUGUAGUUUUGACUAAAUACGGACCCUUUAUGUGGCCCGUCACUUCUGUUUUCGUAUUUUCCUUGUUCCACCAAAGAGCGAUCGCAACCGAUGAGGGUGUGUUCGAUUGAUCGUAUUCCGAAGCAGGAAUAGGUGAACGAUUUGUUGCAAAUCUCUUGUGCCAUGAUUUUUGAACCAUUUGAAUGCUGCAUACGUCGGAAUAUUCUGUUUUCCUUGAGCUGAUUACUCGGCGUGAUUGGAAUGCAGUGAAAGCUAAAACAAAUCAUUUCUAGAGUUUAUUCUAUUUAUUCUUAUUCUGAAAUAUAGUCAAUCGAACCACCCGUAGUUUUCUACGCCAUUUAUCAGCUUAUUUGCUGUAAUCAACUUUUAUUUUAGUCCAUAGUUCUUGGACGCUUAAUUCAUAAGCUUUCUAGUUUCGUACACAGGUAACCCAGGCUCUGUAAUAGUACCACAGUACGGUUCCAGUAAAAUUACAGUGUUUGUAUGGGGUAAAAAUAUCAUCCUAAAAUUUCUAGGAAAUACUAAAUAAA